AAUAUAACACAGCAAUCAGUAUAUACAUAUAUUGAUUCAGCAGUACACAUCUUCCAAUAUAACACCUGUAUGCAACAUUAUCAUUAUAAUAGUUAUAGAACACUACAUAAUCAUGCGGAAAUUUAUGUUUCUUGUGGUUUUAGCUGUAAUGUGGUAUGUCGGACACACCAGAACUAUUCCCGUCCCAACUGAGCCGCCUAGUGCCCCGGCCAGCAACAAAAACUCAACGGCUAAUGCCACACUGGAAGCAGCUGCACCUAAAGCUACCACCUUUGAUGCUCCAGCUAUUAAAUCAGUUGUGAUACAUAUCCCCAGAAAGCGGCGAGAAUGGGAACCUACCAUUCCUAUGAAUUUCAGGGCGGUUCAUACGCCCUGCGAAUUUGACCUUCAUCCGGAAGUAAUCUACAAAUAUAACUGGUUCUGGGAUGGCUGGGACUAUAGGGAAUAUGAUUGGAAUAGAGGCGAAACACGGAAUUGUGUGUGGUUUUAUAGUAUGCGAUACUCCUCCGAGGGCUUCUACCGGCUCUACUCUCUCCUUAGACUGGAGGCGUUCUUCUUUGGCAGUUAUUCGGAGCGUCUGUACCGAUAUGAGUACGACUUGCACUUUUUCGAUUACUGGAAUGUUAAAAUUCCACCAAAGAAACGAGAAGUUGGAAUAUUAAACAAAUCAUUGAAUGGUUCUUUACCUCUUCUGAAGCGUGUGCCCGAAAUUCCCUCCAUUCCAAAGCUAAAACGUUAUCACGUUACCAGUUAAACGUUAUCAGUUCACUAUUAAAUGACUUUAUCUCUCA